AUGUCGUACUCCUGGAGCUACGCUCCAACGAAUCGGGCGAAGUGCAAGGGCAAGUGUGGGGAGAAGAUCGAGAAAGGAGCCAUCCGUCUGGCGACCAGCAGCGAUGGCGAUUAUCACAUUGUCAGCUAUCGCUGCCUGGACUGCGUUACUGAUACACAGUUCAAGAACAUUGUCAACAAGGUUGGCUCAGUGGAGGACGUGGAGGGUUUUGAUGGACUCACCGCCAAAGAUCAAGCCGCGGUCCGCAAGAAGGCGGGGAUUAAGCCGGCCGCCAAAGCUGCGGGCAAGGCUGCCGCCGUAAAGGCGGUGCGAAAGGCAAAGGCGGAGCCAAAGCCCAAGGGCCGCGCGCCCAAGCCCAAGCCCAAGGCGGCAGCACCCAAGCGCAAGGCGUUGCCACCAGUUGCCAAGCAGCACGAGUUCUUGGACAAGGGCAAGGAGUACGACCUGGACGGGGUCAAGGCGAUGCUGGAGGAGCUGCCGGACCUCAUCAAUGUGCAGCCGGCGGGGCGAUGGUCGGUGUUGCACCAGUUCGCGGAAAACGGCGAUGCAGAUGCGGUGAGGUACUUGUUGGAGAUGGGCGCAGACCGCGAGGCCAAGAACAAGGACGGGCAGACCCCGGCAGAAGUGGCAUCGGGUGAGGCCGUAGAGGCGCUGGAAGAAGCGGGCGAGGAGGAGCCGGAGGAAGAGGAAGAGGAGGAGGAGGAGGAGGAAGCUGAAGAAGAGCCCGCGCCGGUCGAUAAGGGAAAGAAGCGCAAGGCACCGGAGCCUUCUCCCAAGGCCAAGGCCAAGGCAGCCGCCUCCGGAGCGAUCACGCCCUCGCCCGCCAAGAAGGCUGCAAGCGCCCAGUGUGGUUUGCCCGACGAGUCAGCUGGCAAGGCUGGCAAGGACAUGACUGCCAGCCGCAAGGCGAUGCUCGAAUUCGCGGCCAAGCGUAAGGCGCCCCACAUGGAGUCGCCGGAGCAAAAAAGGCGACGGUCUGGCGCAUAUGUUUGCACCGCUUGCACGGAACCGAACUCUCAGAAGGAGAUGGAUGAGGCGGAGCAGGACCUGCGGAAGCUCCGGGAGCCCAUGCUGAAGCUCAUGGCCCAGGGCGAAUUCGCAGAACUGGCGUACCUGUGCUACAAGUCCAAGGCUUUGGGCCCAGUGGGCCACGAUGAGCUGCUGAAGGUCUUGAUGGCCCUGCCCCACACGGAGUCCAUGGACUCCCAGAGCUAUGGCACCUUGUGCAACUGCAUCCGUGUGCUGGCUUCCAGUGUCUUAUGGGCCAGCAAGCUGGAUGAGGAGUACUUUCUGCAUUUCCUGCUGCCGGUGGUGAACACCUUCCUGGAGGAGUCCAAGGAGGCGGUGGAGAGGCGUCGCAGCAACAAGCCCCUGAGGAACGAGUGUUACCAAGACCUCGUCUUCGGGCCCGGUGCGCACAAGGGCGAGCUCAAGCGCUUGAGUAUGGAGCCCCUGCCCCGUUCCCACGAGAGCCGGGCGAUGGAUGAGUCGGACACCGUGUGGCUGACUCUGAUGGAUGAGGAUGUGCCCGACAAGCUUUGCGAGUGCCGUAUUGUGAGCAUGAUCCCGCUGGUCUUGUGGCACGAAGAUGAAGAAAGUGAUGUUUUUCAGCUGGCUCUUUCUGGGUGUCACUGCCGCAUCGACAAGCUGGCGUCAAGGACCACUUUCUGCCGCACGCUCGCGGCAUUGCACUGCCUGGUGGAGCCGGAACGACCAAAGGAGCCCAAGAUGCACCAGCGCCUGCCACCCAACUUCACUCCGGAGCCCUUGCUGCCGCUCCUGCGUCCCUUUGGGGUGUCGGAGGCGGAAAGGCGCGAGUGGGCCAAGGAGCCGGUUGAACUGCUGACGAGGAUGCCUGCUCCCAACCGCCAGUUGAACAAGCCCCAGCUGGCGGCCUUGGACCAUGCGGGCUCGCGCCGGCUGACGCUGAUCCAGGGGCCUCCGGGCACCGGCAAGACCACGACCUGUGUGCAGAUCUUGAGGAGGUGGGCUCUGGGAUUUAAGCCGCCCAACAAGAGGACCAAGAUCCUGGCGACCAGCGGCUCCAACAUCGCGGUGGACAACUUGGUGGAGGGCCUGGUGGCAGAAGGCAUCAAGGUGGUGCGCAUCGGUCGCCCCGAGAGCGCCCGGCCCGAGCUCCAGCAGACGGUGGUGGAGAACGUUGCGGCACGGCGCCUCAAGGUGUCUUGGUCGGAGGUGCCGGUGUACCAGCGGCGCGCGGAGAUGCAGAAAGCCAUCCAGGCCGCGGACGUGGUGUGCUGCACUGCGGUCUCGGCGGGCGGCGGCUUGCUCAAGGACAUCAGCUUCCCCCUGGUGCUGGUGGACGAAGCCUCCCAGGCCACGGAGCCGGUGACGAUGGUUCCCAUCUGCCACGGCUGCAAGGCGCUGGUGCUGUGUGGGGACCACUGCCAGCUACCGCCCACCGUGAAAAGCGAGGGCCCCCAUGCGGCGGCCCUGUCCAUGUCCCUCUUCGAACGCCUCGCGUUGAGCGGGGUGAAGCCCAUCCUGCUGAACGUGCAGUACCGCAUGCACCCCCUGCUCUCAGCGUAUCCCUCCAUCAAGUUCUACGGGGGCAAGUUGCAAGAUGCGCUGCAUCCCACUGUACGGCCCAAGGGCUGGAUGUACAAGGAGAGUCUGGUGGUGGUCCCGGUCUUCGAGCCGGAGGGCGAGGAGCUGCCAGGCCCCGAGCAGGCGGAGCCGGCGGAACCGGCGGCGGGCCGCGGCACCAGCCAUUCGAACCGGGCGGAGGCGAACGAAAUCCUGGCGCAAGCCAAGGAGUAUAUCUCCAACGGGGGCUCGCCCAAGUCCUUGGGCAUCAUCACGCCCUACGACUCGCAGAAGCACCUCAUCCGGAGCAUGCUGCAGGAGAACAACAUCCGUACGGGUCUGCACGGUGUGGAGGUCAACUCUGUGGAUGGCUACCAGGGUAGAGAGAAGGAGGUGAUCAUGAUCUCCACGGUGCGGUCCAACAAGGGCGGCGCCACCGGCUUUGUCAAGGACUGGCGCCGCAUCAACGUGGCCCUGACACGGGCGAAGGGUGGGCUGCUGGUGGUCUGCAACCCCGCGACCCUGGCGCGGGACCGCAGCAGCUGGCUGCCGUGGCUCUGGUGGAGCCGCUGGCGGGGCUGCUGGCUGCACUCCCAGGACAUCUUCCUGCCGCAGAUGCAUGACCGGGUGGCCCCCCCUGAGCCGGCCUCCCCGCCGAAGCGGGCGCGGGGAAGAUCCCCGUCCCCGCCGCCGGUGUGGGCGAAGACGCCGGGCUCGCGCCCGGUGGACCCCGAGCUGCCGAACGGCGACAAGUUCAAAGUGGUGGGGGACUGGUCAGUCUUGCUGAACCAGACGAAUGUGAAUUUCAACAACAACAAGUACUACCGGAUUCAGCUUCUGGAAGACGACGGCGGCCAGUUCUACGCCUUCACGCGCUGGGGCCGCGUGGGCGCCGCGGGGCAGCACAAUCUCGCCAACUGCGGCAGCCAGGCAAAUGCAGAAAACGUCUUCAAGGCGAAGUUCAAAGACAAGUCCGGGGUGCAUUACGAUAACAUCGACACGCAUGAUUGGAAGCCGGUGGUGGGCAAAUACACCGUGGUCAAGACGGAGGAUCAGGACGGCGGUGGUGGGGACUCGGCGCCCUUGGGGAAGCUUACGGAGGAGCAGAUCGAGAAGGGCCAGGCGGUGCUUCAAAAGAUGGACUCGGCCCUUGCCAAGAAGGGGGACAAGUCCCUGGUGGACCUUUCCUCUGAGUACUACACGCUGAUCCCGCACGACUUUGGGUUCAAGGUGCCACCGGUGAUCAACACCAAGGAGAUGCUGGAGGCAGAGGAAGAGCUUCUGAAGUUCUACCUGCGCAUGGGCUUCGAACAGCUGGACAAGGAGGAGGAUGGCUUGAUGCCCAUCAGUGGUGUUAUGAAACUCGACCUGCCCAAGACCUUGGAGGCUGCUUGCUCCGGAGUCUGUGCGGCAACGAGUCUCAAGUCCUCUAUGACGCGUGGCAAGCAGCAUGCCGACAAGCAAAGUGGUGAUCCUCAGAAGACGCUGGGCAAGAUUGGAGCAAGGCUUCGUGCCGGGUGA